UUCCGGGGGACAAAACAUAAGCAUUCCACCAGCUUUUCUCCCGAGGUUUUUGGUUUUGUAUUUUGAGUUGUGUAUUCGAUCGAUCACAUAAUUAUGGGAAAGCAAAAAGGAGAAGCUGCUAGAACCAAAGCUCGUCCUUCCAGCAGCGGUUUUGCUGCUUCGUUGAUACCGUCGUCAUCAGGUGGUGCAGCCGCCUUUGGAUUUGGGGGUUAUGUCGGCAGCUCUCGUCUUUCCGAUUCUUCACUGUCAACAAUUCCAGACGCUUUGGAUAUUGACGGUGAAUUGGCACAACAUGUAAAGCGGCUUGCAAGAAAAGAUCCAACUACAAAGGUGAAGGCUUUGGCAACUUUGUCGGCACUUCUCAAGGAUAAAUCUGCCAAGGACGUAUUACCUAUCAUUCCACAAUGGGCAUUUGAAUACAAGAAGCUGUUGCAAGACUAUAACAGAGAGAUUCGCAGAGCUACUAAUGAUACAAUGGCUAAUCUCGUCAGCGCUGUUGGGAGAGAUUUGGCUCCACAUUUGAAGACUUUGAUGGGGCCCUGGUGGUUUUCUCAGUUUGAUGCAGUUCAUGAGGUUUCCCAAGCUGCAAAAAGAUCAUUUCAGGCUGCUUUCUCUACACAAGAGAAAAGAUUGGAUGCUCUAAUGUUAUGUACAGAUGAGGUGUUUGUAUAUUUAGGAGAGAACUUAAAGCUCACUCCAGAAAGUAUGUCUGAUAAGGCAGUUGCUUUGGACGAGCUACAAGAGAUGCAUCAGCAGGUUAUUUCAUCAUCAUUGCUGGCAUUGGCGACACUCCUUGAUAUUCUAACAAGUGAAAAGGGGAACUCAACCUCUACAAAUAAGCAUGCUCUUAAAGCAAGAUCCACUGCCAUUUCACAUGCAGAAAAGUUAUUAUCUGUUCAUAAUAGUUUUACGGACUUUCUGAAAUCUCACAUCCCGAAUAUCAGAUCUGCUGCAUAUUCACUAGUUAGAAGUUGUGUUAAAAACAUUCCUCAUAUUCUGAAUGAAGCAAACGUCAAGACUCUUGCACCUGCAAUACUUGGUGCAUUCCAAGAAAAGGAUUCUACUUGCCAUUCUUCUAUGUGGGAAGCAGUGCUACUCUUUUCCAGGAAGUUUCCCGAGAGUUGGUCAACUUUGAAUGUUAACAAAAGUGUUUUUAGUCGGUUAUGGAAUUUCUUACGGAAUGGGUGCUUUGGAUCGCAGCAAGUAUCAUACCCAGCUUUAGUUCUAUAUUUAGAAUGUGUGCCUCCAAAAGUGAUAACUGCAGAUAAGUUCUUUCUCGAGUUCUUCCAAAGUUUUUGGGCUGGAAAAGUUCAUUCUCAGUUCUCUGAUGCUGAUCAAUUAGCAUUUUUUCAAUCAUACCGUGAAUGUUUCCUCUGGGUAUUACAAAAUGCUCAAAGAUAUUGCGACGGAGUGGAUGCUACCCAUAAUUUUCAGCGUACUAUUGUUCAUGAGGUGUUAUUGAAGCUGUUGUGGCAUGACUACCUGUUAAUUCCAUCUUCGGAAGAGAACAUGAAACAGUUUGAGGGCAAUUACAGAGUUGACCAUGUUCAAGUGUUUGGAAAGUGCUUCACCGAGAUCCUUUCCGGCAUAUUCUCUCUGGAACCUGAUCUGUUAUCCAUUUUUUGUCUUACAUUUGAGGAGAAUUGUCUAGAUGCAUUUAAAAAAAGUGAGAACAUUCAAAGCCAGGAUAAAGUAGAGAAAAUCAUCAGGUUUUUGUUGGUAGUUGAUGUACAUGCUGUGCAGAAAGGUAACUCAUGGCCUUUAUCUUGUUUAGUGGGCCCCAUGCUGGCAAAGUCUUUCCAACUCAUUCAAACUAUUGACUCAACAAAUGCUGUAAAAUUCAUGGUGGUUGCAGUCUCUACAUUUGGGCCCCGCAAGGUUGUUCAACAAAUUGUGCGGGAACAAAAUGAGCCUAAGUGUCAAUUAGAGGAGAGUAAUAGAGAUAUGAGCUCAAAGGAGUUCUUGCAACAUUUUAAGGAGGUUUUUGUUCCUUGGUGCUUGCAAACAAAUAGCCACUCAAUGUUAGCCCGAUUAGAUCUCUUGCUUGCAUUACUAGAUGACGAGUGCUUUCGUGAACAAUGGGAUAGUAUAAUUCGACACGCAACCAGUGAACACGAUUCCAACUAUACUUGCAUAUUGGCUCUUCUCAUGGAGAAAAUAAGAGAAGAAAUUACAAGGAAGAAAUUAACAGAGAAUUCAAAGCACGUACAUGGUGUUCACCUGAACCAUUGGCAUCAUGAGCUGUUGGAUUCUACUGCUCUUGCAAUUGCUUGCUCUUUUUCUGCGUUUGGAUCUUCCGAUGCCCGGUUUAUCUGUGCUGCUCUUGGAGGCGAAACAGAAGAAAAUCAAACUUACUUAGUGAGCGAAAACACAUCAGUCUUGAUUUUUGAGGAAAUCUUACGCAAGUUAAAAUAUUUCAUUGGGACUUCUACCUUUACUUGGAUCAGGGAUGCCAAUGUGUUUUUAGAUGUUGAUGAACAUGUACCCAUCGAUGGAUGUGGAUCAUUUAAGAGUGUUCUUGAAAUGGUUAAUUUUGCCAUGGAAGUGCUUAAUGGCAGCUUCUUUCGAUUAAAGACACUUUCCAAGAGCUCUUGCUUGCUUCCAGGCAUAUUGGCUGCAUUAUUUGUGAUUGAUUGGGAAUAUAGCGCAUUGACAGUUGUCUACGACGGACACGAUAACAACCCAGAUGCAAAAGAAAUGGAUCGAUUCAGUUUUUGUAACUAUGUGCACGUUUUUCGCUCCAAGGUCAAUAAUUUUCUACAAACUAUUGGCCCAGUUUGGCGGAAAACAUUGGGGAGCAUUCUGGUUCAGGCUAUCCGGUAUGGUAUAUUCAAUGAAGAUAAUAGAUUAGGCAUUGAUAAUGUCUCGUCUCUAGGCUGCCUUUAUGUCCAAGAUGUCCUGGAUAGUGUUUGUCAAGGUCAUGCUGAGGAACAAACAUUUUUGGAGGAGCUGUUAGACAAGGGUGAUUCUUGGCCGUCAUGGGUCAUGCCUGGUUUUAAAGAUGGUGCAAGAUUGGCUAUUUUAAAACAUGAAGUCCCUUCUUCCACUGCAUCAGAGAGCGACCGAGUGGUUGCUUUUGUUGACAAGCUUAUAUCCAGACUUGGAAUAGAUAGAGUUAUAUCAGGUUCCAUAUCAUGCAAACCAUCUUCCAAUAAAGUGAUACCAUCUGAUUCUCAAUAUCCUCGUGUUUGGCUUGCGGCUGAGAUGUUAUGCACAUGGAAAUGGCAUGGUGGUAGUGCCUUAGCCUCAUUUCUACCUUCAUUAAUUCGACACACAAGGGAUCAAAAUUUAUCUCCCAGUGACAGCUUGUUAGACAACGUUGUCAAAAUUCUGCUUGAUGGUGCUCUUGUCCAAGGGGCAAACAGCAUGAGUUUCUCCAGUAUAUAUCCUGCCCCACAUGAUGAUCUGGAGAGUAUUGAACAAGAGUUUGUGAGAGCCCUUGUCUCAGUGCUACAUAGACUUUUUGAGGAUGAUAUAUGGGGAAGAGACAAAGCUCUAGAGAUUUUUAAUCUGCUUCUAGAUAGACUUUUUGUAGGUGAAGCUGUAAAUUCAAACUCUUUGAAUAUACUUGCUGUGAUUAUGAGUGUCCUAAUCGGACCACUGAGCUCUCAAGCAAGUGAAAUCAAAAAUAAUAAACCUGACUCUUCUGAGGAUAAUCAGAUACAUCAUAUAUUCGAGGGCUGGCUCCAGAAAACACUGUCAUAUCCACCUUUGAACACAUGGAAUUCUGGAGAAGAUAUGGAAAAUUGGUUUCAACUUGUUGUGUCAUGCUAUCCCCUUAGAGCCUCAAGAGGAAUGCAAAACAUCAAACCACAAAGAUCUAUAACCCAUGUGGAACGUGGUCUCUUGCUUGAAUUGUUCCGGAAGCAGCGGCUCGGUUCUGCUACUUCCAUAUUAGUCAAUAAGCUACCAGUUGUGCAGAUGUUAUUAUCCAAGCUAACUGUUGUUGUAGUCGGAUACUGUUGGAUCGAUUUCAAUGAAGACGAUUGGGAGUUUGUCUUGUAUAAAUCAAGAUAUUGGAUUGAGUCGACAGUUGUAUUGAUGGAGGAAGUAGCAGAGUCUGUUAACGAAACCAUUACAGGUGAGCCAACUUCGGAUAUACUAGAAAAGCUCCAGCAUACAGUCUCAUGUUUAGAUUCCUCUCCUUUAAAACUUGCAAGAAAUGCUCUUAUUGCCUUCUCCUUGUUCUGUGGGCUUGUUGGAAAAGAAUCUGUCAUAAAUGAGAAUAAAAAUGAAGACAUAAAUGUGAAUGAUCGAAGUCCCUUAACACUUGAGAAGUGGGAUCUUAUUAAGGAUCGAAUUCUAGAAGGAAUUCUUCGUUUGUUCUUUUCAACUGGUGCAGCUGAAGCCAUUGCUGGUUCAUAUUCUUCUACGGCUUCCUUGAUUAUAGCAUCAGCCCGGCUUGAUGAUUGUUACUUCUGGGAGUUGGUUGCUUCAAGUGCUGUUGCAUCUUCCUCUCAUGCCAGGGACCGUGCUAUGAAAUCUUUUGAAAUUUGGGGGUUAAGCAAAGGAGCUGUUAGCUCUUUAUAUGCUAUCUUAUUUUCCAUGAAACCAGUUCCCUGUUUGCAGUUUGCAGCUUAUGUCAUUCUUUCAAGUGAACCUGUUGCGGACUCAGCUUUUAUUACUCAAGAACCAUCUUCUUCUUUAGAGGAAAAUGACAUCGAUUAUAAAGAUCCUCUCGAUUCAUCAAUAUGUUCUAAGGUUCCACUGAGGGAGGAGAUUUCGGUCUUGUUGGAGAAAUCACCAUUUGAGCUUAUUGAAUUGGAUUUAGUAGCCCCGGAGAGAGUUCACGUUUUUCUUGCUUGGUCGUUGUUGAUAUCAUAUCUACUCUCAUCACCAUCAUCCUCCACAAGGGAAAAGUUGAUUCAACACAUAGAAGACUCGUCCAUAUCAAUAAUAUUAGACUGCAUAUUCCAACACAUACCACUGGAGCUGUGUUCUGCAAGUGUAAAGAAGAAAUUAUCUGAACUUCCUCCAGUUAUUUCAGAGGUUGCAAAAGCAGCAACGCGCUCCAUUGUAGACAAUUCCGUGCUAUUUGCUGUAGAGACACUUUGGCCUGUUGGGCCAGAUGGAAUGGCAUCUUUUGCUGGUGCAAUUUACGGAUUGAUGCUCAGAACCUUACCUGCAUAUGUUAGGAAUUGGUUUAAUGAUAUACGUGAUCGUACUUCAUCUUCUGCAAUAGAGUCUUUCACGAGAACAUGGUGUAGUCCUCCUCUAAUUACAAAUGAACUGUCUCAGAUCAAGAAAGCCAAUCUCUCUGAUGAGAACUUUUCAGUUAGUGUGAGUAAGUCUGCAAAUGAGGUUGUUGCCACAUAUAGGAAAGAUGAAACAGGAAUGGACUUGGUAGUUCGUCUCCCUUCAUCUUAUUCACUGCGACCUGUGGAUGUCGAAUGUACAAGGAGUCUUGGCAUCAGUGAAGUUAAGCAAAGGAAAUGGUUACUUUCGAUGAUGUCAUUUGUUCGUAAUCAAAACGGAGCACUAGCAGAAGCAAUUCGAAUAUGGAAGAGCAACUUUGACAAAGAAUUUGAGGGUGUUGAAGACUGUCCUAUCUGUUACAGUGUGAUUCACACUGCAAAUCAUACUCUCCCUCGCCUUGCUUGUAGGACCUGCAAGUAUAAGUUCCAUUCUGUAUGCUUAUACAAAUGGUUCAGUACUUCGCACAAAUCUAACUGUCCCCUAUGCCAAUCUCCAUUUUGAUCAUAAGAUUUUUGGGCUUGUAUAUCUUCCUAUGUUCAUUCCGACUGCAGAGACAUCAGACUUGUUCUGGUAUGUUUAUUCGAUUCUGGAGCUUGUAAGCUUGGGCAGACAUUAAACGAGAUAUCGCUAUCAAGGUAGAAGCAUAAUCUACACUGUGUGAGGAACUGAUGAGUGAUGCCUACUAUUCUAUGAUGACUGCAUAUAAAUAUAUAAUUAUUAUGUAUAAGUUUAUCCGUGGCAGAAACUUCUAUCUAAAUUCAUAGAUCAAUUAGUUUUGUUGUAGUCCUCUGCAAGGUUCAUCCUCAUCUCCCAAAAUUUUGAUAGCUUGUUUAUGCUAUAUAUUUUGACA